UCUGCGGACUACCAUUGAAAAUUAUCUUUCUCCCUUCCUUUCCAUUUUUUCGAUCUCUAUUCCCUUCCAUCACAUUUUGUUACAUUAGGGAUUCUUCAACUGUUUUUCUUUUUUCCUAACUACUUAGUUCCUUUUAACACUUGAGACAAUAAGUAGAUCUUCACUCACUAUGGAUCGUCCUAAAGAUUCUUCUAAGGACGUUGUUGUCUUCCGCUGCAUACGCAGUGAUGGGAUGCAGUAUGAUGAGGCACGCUUCCCGGCUGAUCACAAGCCCGCUGAUGAAGCAACUGUGAGGAGUUACUGUGACCGGCUUGGAGCCAUGAUCGCCGAGCAAGUCUAUCCUGGUUCAAUUCAAUCCUUUACCUUAGAAGCGUUGCCGCCGUUCUACCAACUCCGAGUCAAGACUCGUACUGACAGCAAGACUCGCAAUGACACGUUUCUGUAUGGGUAUCCGGAGCAUGAGGAUGAGAAGGAAAAGAAGAAGACUAAGAAGCAAGCUGCUUUGAAAUGUUUCCGAACUCCAUCCGACUUCUUUGACCAUCUUCUAUGGUUAAUCACUGAUGCAACAAAUGACGGCAAGAAUUGUUGUUGCAGGUUUUGUAAGCCAUCCAGCGUAUCCAAGGAAGAGGCACAGGAGGCUACACCUUCAAGUUUAAGCCAACCUAAGUCCGUCCCCGUCCCAGCCCAUUUGACGAGCAAGUCACGAAGUGCCUCACCCGCAUCUACUACUAGUACGAGAGCCUCAACCAAGAAAACUAGUGCUGCCACGUCAACGGCCAAAGCUAUUACAGGCCCUUCGGCACCCCAAAUACAACCGUCAGCGCAGCCAGUGGCAAAACCUGCCAUACAGCCUGUAGCACAAUCCAUGCCACAUCUCGCGACACAACUCUCAGCACAACUGCAAGUUUCAGCGCAGCCCACAACGCAGCCCACGAUGCAGCCCACGAUGCAGGUUCAGGCUCAGACUCAGUCGGAUGAAUCUGUCUUGUUUAGGGAAGGUGAAGUAAUUUGGUACAGAAAGCAGGGACCAACCUUUCGCCUUGGUAUUAUUCUCCAAAACACCCCUGGAGAUUCUACCAACACAUCUAUGAGCAGAAUCAAGCCGCUAGCUCACUUCCAGACGGACCUCGAAGUUGUCGAACGUUCCGAUGCUGAUAUGCGUCCGUUCCUUACUUAUAGUGUCCCUAAGGUUCAGGAAAUGCUUCAAGAAUUUGCCAUUCGGCCUAUGGAAGAGGUCCCGUGGCUAGUGAUAGAAUCUGAACUGCUAUGCGAUGAGAAUCAGAAAGCAGAGUUGUUAAUCCUCGAGGCUUCGAAGAUAGCCGCUAGUCACGUCGAUCAUUCGUAUUCCUUGUUCAACCUUUUUCAGAACUACAACUUACCCAACAGGCUAAGUUUUGGGGGCGUAUUCUUCGGCUGUGAGAAGAUCGGCGUGUUUGAGGCAGUCCGAGUCAGCGUUGAGCAAGAUGAGCACCCGCAGUGGGACAACAUGGAUAUCACCUUCGUUAUGGUGCUGAAGAGCAUAUUGCUCGAAAGAUCCGAGCAGGAUGAACGACUUCUCUUCGAAGGCGAUAUCUGGGUCCUGCAAGACAGCAAAGAAGCGGAGCAGACACUCAACCAAGGACAAAUCCCUCCGGCCAUGCGUCGUGAGAAAGAAUUUCGAGACGGGGUGAUGAAGAAAUACGGUAUUCACUAUGACUGGGUUCUAUUGCGCGGUAACGUCACGAAGACAGAGAAGUUCAUCAAAGGUAGAUUUUACGAAUCCGACAAGCUCGGCCCGAUGCUCUACCAAGGACAGUGGGGCGAUUACCUGCGAGACGGAUAUAUCCCGUCGAUUCAGAAGUCCCUCAACCGGCGCCUCGACUCAUGGGGUCCUACAAUUGGCAGAGUUCAGACCCGUCGAGAUGCUGUCGCCGGUGCCAUCCCGCCUGGGACUCUCUUAUCUCUUGGACCUCGGGUCGUGGAACAGCCUCGAGCAAUUUAGCAUAGUCCCUGGCUGCAUUUUAGGCGAAUUGGAAAUGGGGAUUAUUAUAAGCACUUGCAGUUCUUGUGGUUGAAACUACGGAUUCUUGGUGGGCGGUUCAGUCUACCUUUUUUUGCUUGACAUUAAGUUUGGUCAUCUUCGAUGGAGGAAGCAAAACUUUCUGACGGUAGUCUAACCGUCUUCUCCCCAUCAACACCUGGUUCGCGGAAUCGACUCAACGCCCCUUCGCCAUCCGAUUGAUUAGCCGUGUAUU